AUGAAAAAGGUACAAGCAGGAUGUCGGUUGUGGGCGUUCUGUCUGUUGGUAUUAGCAAUAGGCUCUCACGGCGAGCUCCAGGCGGCCUUAAACACCACUAAGGACUCUCCAUCAAAUAAUAACGUCCAUGGUGGGUCCCGAAGUCCCGGAGCUCACUCGUCUUCUUCGGCCCGGUCUGUCUCAGCAUUGGGGCCCAAACCCGGCUUCGUCACGGCUCCUGGAGAUGGUCAUCUCUACCUCAAUGACGAGCUUUUCGAUUUCAGGAGUUUCAAUACUCCCACUAUAUUUGACGGCCAAGAAUUUCAAGGACGCGAUCUGUUACAAACAGUUCUGGCUUUUGGCACCCCGGUCACUCGCACAUACACGCUGCAUGUGGCCAACAACAUGUUCUCAGACGGUGUUCAAUCACCGUCUUCAUCGCACAUCCUUGGAUGGGACAGCGAUGCCAACGACAAAAUAUUGGACUUAUCCCGCCAAUUUGGUGUCCGACUUGUCAUCCCAAUCAUCAAUCAGGAUUAUGGGGGUCCCGGCUCGAACUGGGUCGGAAAUUUCAACGAUUUGAGGGCGCUUCGCAGUUCUGAUGAUGAUUUCUGCCGCACUCAGUUGAUCCGACAUAGGUACGAGAUCCAGAACUAUACCACCGCAAACCAAGCCGUAGAUUGGUUCACAGACCGCCUCAUGAUCGAGAGCUUCAAGAAAAUCAUCUCCUUUUACUUGAACCGGGUCAACACAUUCAAUGGGAUUCGAAUCGGUGAUGACGAGACGAUUCUGGCGUUCGAAACCGGAAACGAAAUGAAUUGGGGUAAUCAAAAUCAGACCAUUCAUAAAAGGCCUCCCCCGGCAAGUUGGACGAUUGAGAUCGCGCAGCACAUCAAAUCACUGGCUCCAAAGACAUUGGUGAUGGACGGCAGCUUCUCGCGCAAUCCAACAUCCGCGUGGGAAGAGGAAGUCCUAGAUUCCCCAUAUGUGGACUUGUUUUCUUACCAUUUUUAUGGGGAAGGUGAUACGCAGUUUUUUCAAAUUCUUCAAGAUCAGGUGAGGGCGCACGAGAAGACCUUCAUCAUCGGCGAACAUGGGUUCUAUUCUCAAGCCGAAACGUAUCCGGCGUUUUAUGAAAACGCGACUUGCGCCGGAACAUUCGUGUGGUCACUCUGUGCGCAUCACGAAAAAGGAGGGUUCGUCACUCAUGGUGAAGGACGUAACAUUUAUGCCUACCAUGCUCCCGGAUUCAAGAACCAGACCUCGAAAAACUUCGACACCCAAGAGGCUGAAGUGAUUUCCUCGACUUAUGAUGCUAGCUAUACAAUCCUUGGGCUGGAGCCACCACCCAAACCCGUCCCUGGCCCUCCACAAGCCUUCCUGGUUAAGAAUGGCUCGCAAGCCGGAAUAUCAUGGCGAGGCUCGGCAUGGGCGCAGUCGUACGAAAUCUUAGGUGCUGGAUCUCUAGUACAAGAUUGGAAUGUUAUCUCAACAAACAUACCUGAUAACGUCGACCCCGGUCAACUCUUCAUUCCGCUCAACCCAAUCGAACCCACAAAAUCGAUCAAGAUCAAGUUUCCUAAACCGAUCCGCAAAAAAUCACAUGCGGGAUGGAUGGACUCCAAGUGGUGUGCCCGGGGCUCGCCAGCAUCUUGCUCUAAAAAGUUCCAUGUUUCGCCGAAACAAGAUGAUCAUCAGCAUAAAGAUGCUCACCAUCCCAAUCUUCCCAAGAUGCUCAAUAAUCCUACUCACCAAUCCCGUCUCAGUCUGGUUCCUUUGAAAUCUGAAACUCCCCAUGAUUCGUCGGCCUCCGGCGGUUGGUUCGCGGUCCGUGCAAUCAGUGCCGACGGAGUACCGGGCGGCAUCUCGGAACCAGUUUUCCUCAAAUCAUAG